UGUAGCAUUAUAAAUUACAGGACUGAAGAAAACCUCCGGCCCAAGUUUUAACCUGUCUUCCCGGCCGAUACAAGUACGCUGUAACCAUGUAUCUAUGAAGCCGAAAAGGCAAAACCCUCCAGGGCCUCCACCAAAUUCAGUAUUUAUUGAUUUACCCAAAACCUUUGUUUCGUUCGGGGAAACCCAAAAUUCUCUGAGGAAAGAAAAAAGAAACCCUAAAUCUUUCCUCUGGAAAUAGAUUAUUAUUAAUACAGAUUGCAGAGGGAAGAUUUUAGUUUUUAAUACGUAUAAAUAUAUAUAUAUUUUUGUCGAAAUAGAAAUCGAAGAAGAUGGAUAUUGAACAAAAGCAAGCCGAGCACAUCGAUUGUUUUGUUAAACAAGCUUCGAAUCAGAAAGGGCCGGCACUUGCUUCCGUCAUCACCGAGGCGACGUCGCAUCCUUCUCUCUUCGCCUUCUCCGAGAUUCUAUCCGUUCCCACUGUUCUUGAGCUUCAGGGAACAGAGCAUUCUGUGUAUCUAGAGUUGCUUCGGUUGUUUGCCCACGGAACAUGGAGUGAAUACAAGAGUGUUGCUGACCGGCUUCCGCACUUAUUACCUGAUCAAGUACUCAAAUUAAAACAGCUCACAGUGCUUACUCUGGCUGAGACAAACAAGGUACUCCCCUAUGAAGGUCUUAUGCAGGAGUUGGAUGUUUCAAAUGUGCGUGAACUUGAAGAUUUUUUGAUUAAUGAGUGCAUGUAUGUGGGCAUAGUUAGGGGAAAGUUGGAUCAGUUGCGGAGAUGCUUUGAGGUUCAGUUUGCAGCAGGGAGGGAUCUCCGACCUGGUCAACUGGGGAAUAUGAUAGAGACAUUGAGUAAUUGGUUGGUGACAUCGGACAACUUACUUGUCUCCAUUCAGGAGAAGAUUAAAUGGGCAGAUACCAUGAGUGAGUUGGACAAGAAGCAUGGUAAAGAAGUUGAAGAAAAAGUCGAAGAAGUAAAGAAAUCCCUGAAGAAGUUAAAAACUGUAAGCAGGCCGACAUUGACUUCCGAGGGCACGAGGAGAUCUACUCUGAAGGUGGAAUGAUGGACUAUGAGGAAGAUCGAGGACGGCCUAAGAGGAGGCGACAUCCUAUGGGGUGAAGAAAAGACGAGAAUCACUGGUCAUACCGGUCAGGCGACAAGCAAGCUUUUUGUUACAUGGCUGACAAGACACCUUUGAUGCUUUUUGAUGUUAGUGUUGCCUCUUGGAAAAUGUAUUGGGUAAAUCAUUUGGACCCAGAUGUUGAGUAGCUUAGGUUGAAUUUGAACCUGUCAUUUACAUCUCGAGUUCGCGACAAGAAAGUCAGAUAUGGUGAUGCGGCUAAAAGUAUUUGCUGGCGUUGAUUGCCCUUUUGAUUUCAACAGAAGAGAUAUUAGGAUUGUAGUGGUGCCUGAGUUUUACCUAUACAGUUGUGGAAGUAGCUGGCUGCUGCAGUGCAAUAUAUGGCCCAGGAUCUGAGAAUGCACGUUUUCAUUCUCAUCCUAAGAUGAAAGGAAAACUGAUUAGUGGAUUGGUAUCUGCAAGUUCUUCCAAGUUUUAAUCAUUCUAUUGGCAUCAAUUGCUUUUAUCCGUCUUAUGUUGUUUCCGAUUCAGAAGUUACCUCCUCUGUCUUUCUUCUCUUGGUGCAAUAAUAAUAAUGUCUUUUUAA